AGCCACCCGCGCAUCCUCAGUCCUCAUCCGCCACUCCGUCGAACGCCCCUGCGCACGCUCCAGCUGCUAUGCUCCUCCGCCCGCGCCCCUCCUUCUUCCGAGCCGUCGUGCCGCCGCCGCUCACCCGUGCCUGUGUCCCCUCCCGUCGCACGCUUUCAGCUUCUGCAGAGGCGGGAACAGCCUCCCCGAAGGAUGCAGCGUCAGCGCCGGUUCCGGCGGCCACGCGCAAGAACCCCAGGAAGGCCGGGUCGCCACCUAUGGGGAUCGUGAAGACGGCGCUGUUUCUGCCGCCCGGGGUGGAGCGGGAUGCGUUGGUGCCCGCGGACAUGGUCAUACCGGGGUCGAACAUCGUGGUCGGUCCCUACGCAGGGGACGCGAGGGUGAAGGGUGCUGAGUUCGUCAAGAGCAGCGCGCGCGCACGGGACUGCCCCAAUGACGACCGGCCCGAGUUCGCCGUCCUUGGCCGGUCCAACGUUGGCAAGUCCUCGCUCAUCAACGCCCUCACCCGCCGCAAGGAAGCCGCGCUCACUUCCAAAAAGCCUGGGAAGACCCAAACAAUCAAUCACUUUUUGGUUAAUAAGAGUUGGUACCUUGUGGAUUUGCCUGGUUAUGGGUUUGCAGCUGCAUCCCAAUCAGCUCGAAUGGACUGGUCUUCAUUUACCAAGGGUUACUUCUUGAACAGAGAUACCUUGGUUGGCGUACUUCUUCUUAUUGAUGCCAGUAUUCCACCACAGAAAAUUGAUCUAGACUGUGCUAACUGGCUCGGUCGUAACAAUAUUGGAUUGACGUUUGUGUUCACCAAGUGCGACAAAGUGAAGAAAGGUAAAGGAGGGCGGCCUGACGAGAACAUCAAGGAGUUCCAUGAAACGAUCAGCGGGCUUUAUCCAGAUCCACCCCCAUGGAUCAUGACAAGCAGCGUUACCGGAUUAGGCCGCGACGGGCUACUCCUCCAUAUGUCGCAGCUGAGGAACUACUGGGAUAAUGAAGCAGUCUAGGUAGAGCUACAUAGAUCAAGUGCCACUAGCAACGGUAGCAGUACGUGUAUGGGAACAGUCAUAUGGCCUAAACUUUCAUCGAUAGAUGUCGCUUCUCAUGGGGCUUCUUGUUCAGUUUUGCUUCCGUUUUUUUUUUUUUGGCCUUUUGAUGUAUAGUUGAAAUGCAGUUGCUCCUAGUUUCUGUUUCACUCACCCUGUACAAUGCCCAGUCUCAGCGGGAGCUUCAUGACAUUGUUACUAAGAUUCACAGGUAUUGAAGACAGUACAAACAAGUUACAUCCUCGUAAAA